CUGCAGCCGCCCCCGCCGCUCGCCCCCGCCAUGCCCGGCCCGGCCGCCGGCAGCAGGGCCCGGGUCUACGCCGAGGUGAACAGCCUGAGGAGCCGCGAGUACUGGGACUACGAGGCGCACGUCCCGAGCUGGGGUAAUCAGGACGAUUACCAACUGGUUCGGAAACUCGGCAGGGGAAAAUACAGUGAAGUCUUUGAGGCCAUAAAUAUUACCAACAACGAGAGAGUGGUUGUGAAAAUCCUCAAGCCAGUGAAGAAAAAGAAAAUAAAACGAGAGGUUAAGAUUCUGGAGAAUCUGCGAGGUGGCACCAACAUCAUUAAGCUGAUUGACACUGUCAAGGAUCCAGUGUCAAAGACCCCAGCUUUGGUGUUUGAGUACAUCAAUAAUACAGAUUUUAAGCAACUGUACCAGAUCCUGACAGACUUUGAUAUUCGGUUUUAUAUGUAUGAGCUGCUCAAGGCCCUGGAUUACUGUCACAGCAUGGGGAUCAUGCACAGGGACGUCAAACCCCACAACGUCAUGAUAGACCACCAACAGAAAAAGUUGCGGCUCAUAGACUGGGGUUUGGCAGAGUUCUACCAUCCAGCUCAGGAAUACAAUGUCCGCGUGGCCUCGAGGUACUUCAAAGGACCAGAGCUCCUUGUGGACUACCAAAUGUAUGACUAUAGCUUAGAUAUGUGGAGUUUAGGCUGCAUGCUGGCCAGCAUGAUCUUCCGAAAGGAACCCUUCUUCCAUGGCCAGGACAACUAUGACCAGCUGGUUCGCAUUGCUAAGGUUCUGGGCACAGAUGAACUGUAUGGGUAUCUGAAGAAGUACCACAUAGAACUGGAUCCACACUUCAAUGAUAUCCUGGGACAGCACUCGCGAAAACGCUGGGAGAACUUCAUCCAUAGUGAGAACAGACACCUGGUCAGUCCUGAAGUCCUGGACCUUCUGGACAAACUUCUGCGAUAUGACCAUCAACAGAGACUGACUGCCAAAGAGGCUAUGGAGCACCCAUAUUUCUACCCAGUGGUGAAGGAGCAGUCCCAGCCCAGCUCAGAAAAUGCUGUGCUCUCCAGUGGCCUGACAGCAGCACGAUGAAGACUGGAAAACAACGGGUCCGAUGCUGUUCCUCCCAAUUUUCCAUAAGCAGAACAAGAACCAAAUCAAACGUCUUAUCAGCGUGUGUACAGAGCUGGCGGCCAGACGGCGUUGCGGUGGCAGGGGAUGAGACCAGAGACCGCACCGGCUCCAUGGCACUCACCAGUUUAUAAACACAAACCUUACUUCUGAAUGUAAAAGGUUCCUCUGCCUUUGACUUCCUGUUGACCUCUUCCUGACCCAGAAAGCAUGGAAAAUGUGAAGGGUAUGCAAAACGGUUGUUGGCUAAUGUUGCCCCCCCCAUGCUGACCUUUGCCCCCCCCCGAACCCCAGCAUAACAUAUUAACUAGCUGGCUCCAGAUUUGAUGCGGCAGGGAGGGGGCAGCGGGGGGGGGAGGAAUACGGCAUGAUGGACAGUUCUAUAUUAUAAUUAAAGGAAUUCUAUAUUAUUGAAUAAAAGUUUUAAAAGAAAUGUAUGGAGAGUAUUCAGUAUGGAAGGAGCCAUGGGGAGUGCCCCCCUGCAGUGGAGGGGGCUGAGGUUGGUUGGAGCCCUUCCUGGUGCUGUCUCCUACUGUUCACUUGUUUUCUGUGGGGGGAAGAGUGUGAAUCUGUUGUACGAUGGUAGGCUAGAGCCUGCUGCCUCCAACUACUGGGCAGGCUUAAACAGCCGGGCUACUGGAGGACAGGAGCUUGGAAAUCGAUAGGAAAACUCCACCCUGGGCCUGCCAUCUUUCCCUCAGUGUUAAGCUCCUUCGGAGGCCUGGAUAAACACUAGAUGCUUGGUCCCCCAUGUGGUGUGUGCCCCACAGCAGAGGGUGAGACUGGCUGCCACUUUUAGCUAGUAUCCCAUUUGCCCCCCCUUUCCCCCUGUCUCUGAAUGAAUGGCAGAGCCAGGAAAGGCACAAACACUUUCUCCUUCCCUACCCCAGCUGAGAAGGACAUGGUACAGGGUGAGGUUUCUCAAGAGAUGUUCUAAUCAAGGGAGGCCUUUACAACUCUAGUUCAGGGUCUGGCUGCCUGGAGAUCUCAGCUGGAUUUAAAAAGAUGAGAGAGCCCCUGUGUCUGCACCAACACCCCUGCCAUGGACACACAUAAUGGGUGACUUCAGUCCUCUGAGCCUCUCCCCUGCUCAGGAGGGCUGGGGCAUUCUCAUUAAUCCUAAACACAGUAGACUCCUUACCCUCACAGUUCUCUGUGGGGACCACUGAGCCCUCAUUUCUGCCCCCCCACUCUGCAAGUACCCCCAGGCAGAACCAGCAGUGCUAACAAUGCUUCCUCUUCAGUGACUGCUCCCUGGAGUGCUUCUGACUUCCUCCUCGGCCACUGCCUUGAGCUGCACCUCCAUCUGGGUAGUGAAUCGAACCGGCUGGUGGAGUAAACCAGGGCUUUCUCCCUGCUUCGUCCAUCCCUCUAACCCCGCUCAUAUCAAACCGCCUUCCUGCUAGCAGUAGUGGUGCCACUUGCGUUUCCUAACACCCUCGGUUAAGGAAGAGAUCUCUGUCACGGCAGCCAACUCGUCACCUGCUCAGUCGUCAAGUGUUUAUCCCAGCUGUCUCUCUGCACUGGGCAGACAGCAUUUCCGAGCCAAUGAGCUCAAGCUUGAAAUUAACAAACCCAGACGCUUGAAACUACUUUUUAAAAUCCCAGCAGGACUUUGUCAUUUCUUUUCUCCGGCCCUCCUCUCUGCCUCCAGCUCCCCUUGCAUAGUUUUUAUCCAGCGCCUUGGUACUGAAGCUGUCUGUUGUAAGGCUACCUCUGAUAUAAGGCUAUCUGCUGUAUGUUGUGUCUCCUGGCUCUUUGGAAGCUCAUUAUAAAUACCUCUUUAUAACAAGCACCUCCCUGUAAUGUACGUUUAGUAUCUUCUAAGCCUUAUAGAAGUGGUGCUAUGUAUGUGUGCGUGUGUAUAUAAACUCUGUAUUUAUCUUCUGUUUCCAUGUGUGGGUCUAUGUAUCUAGGGCAGUGCUGGGCAGUGCAGCUGAGGGAUUUGCUUAAGGGGAAAAAAUAUGCAGGUGGAAUCUUAAAAUGGGCUCUAUGCCUUUAAUGUGUUGUGGCCUCUGCCACUCCCCGCUUACCAGCCUCCUAGUUGUGUUCACAGGAAUACAUGCUAGCCCUGCUUGGUUUUUCAGGGCCGAGGAGCUGAUGGGGAAGGGUCCCUGGGGAUGUCUUCAGUAAGCCUUCCCCAGAGGCAAUCAGUCUGUGCUUCAGACUUGCCUGUGUACCUAGCACUAAACCGUUGGCCCGAUCAGGCUGUAGCUCGUGUCAGUCACACCUGUUAGAACAGGGUCCCAUCUGCACAGGCACAGCACAAACGUGCCAUGGCCCUGCUGUGUUGUAACUGGGUACCCCAGCACUGUAGUCCUUGUAGUGUAGAUGGGACAGCCUGGUCACUACGGUAACCUGACUCCCAUCCUGGUUAAAUCCAACCUAGGCCUCCCUUUAUGCUUAACAUCACCUUCUUAAAAUGGCCUGACCCUGAGAAACAGUUUCACCAAGGAAAGGAACUGGAUGUGCCAUCCAUACAGAGUGCUACAGAAGCCGCAUAGAAAGAGGUCUAUUUUCAGUUACAAUAGACCAAUUUGCAUAGGACAGUGGCUUCCUUCUGCAUCCCAGCCUCCAUUUCAUCACUCACCUUUCUCCCAACGGUCUCCCUCUGCUCGGCCUUUCCACCAUGUGCGCCCUGCCCCCUGCUUGAUACAUCCUCAAUCGCCUGUUUUUAAAGGGGCACUGUUGACUACUUUUUUCGUUUUAAUUUUCUUUUUACACUCCCUUAUUUGUAACAUCCUCAGAGAAGCUCCAGAAAUAAACCGCUCUUUGCCUACUGAUCAUUGUUUGCCAUUUGUCAAAAUGCUGAGCCUUUUCCUCACCCUCUCACUCGUCUUUUCGAAUCCUGCACAGGCAAAUGUGACUUCCCUCCUCCCCACUUCCUGGCCUUGUCAGUGUCCGCACAGGGCUAGACCUGUCCUGAUAGGUUGCUGCUGCAGGAGCAGCACUGUGGUGAUCUAUCUUUUUGCCUGGGUUUGGUGAAACUAGGAAGUAACCUAAAAAAAAUAAUAAUUCAGCAACAAAGUGGAUUCAAAAGGAAAGAAUUCUGCAGAAAAAGAGAGAACUUCCUUCUGGCCAGUACUGGUCUUUAAGCAUCAUUUCCUGCAUUACACGUCUCUUGGGAGGAGGAGAGAGAAUGGAGAUGCCUUGGAUAAAAGUUGAAAUUGCCUUGAUUUUUCUUUAGAAUUCACUGAGAAACUAGGACAAAUGGUUUGAAAACACAAAAUGUUUCCAUGUAUAUUGCUUGUGCAAAACAGCUAGCAGUAAGAUGAGUGUCUGGACAGCAUCUGCACAGUGGAUGAAUGAGGGGCUGGGCUAUUCAGGAAUGGCAGCUGUAUAUUUGCCCUCAUCUCAUGUGUUAACAGAUUGGAUUUAUGGAGUCAUUUAUUUAACUGUGUUGUAUAAAGUGUUUGUACUCUAACCAAUUGACUAAAUAUAGUUCUAAUUUUUAAAUAA